GAUGACACACGGAGAAGAGGAGGUGACGGGGAUUACAGCAGCGCCUUAUUAUUAAACCAUCAUAUCAGAUCAACAUGGGAAAUACUGACUCAAAGCUGAAUUUCAGAAAGGCGGUGAUACAGCUGACCACAAAAACACAGCCUGUAGAGGCCACAGAUAAUGCGUUCUGGGAUCAGUUCUGGGGCGCCACUGCCACCACCGUGCAGGACGUGUUCGCCCUUGUGCCCGCUGCUGAGAUCCGUGCCGUCCGGGAGGAGUCGCCCUCCAAUCUGGCAACACUGUGUUAUAAGGCAGUGGAGAAGUUAGUUCAGGGUGCAGAGUCCGGCUGCCCCACAGAAAAGGACAAGCAGAUCGUGCUGAACUGCGCUUGCAUGCUCACUCGUAUCCUGCCAUACAUCUUUGAGGAUCAGGACUGGAGAGGGUUCUUUUGGUCCACUAUACCUGGUGCUGGCAGAGCUGGGCUGGAUGAUAUGGAGGAUGAUGAUGAAGGAGCUCGUCCGCUGGCUGAGUCUCUCUUACUGGCACUGGCUGAUCUUCUUUUCUGUCCGGACUUCACCGUUCACAGUCACAAGAGAGAAAGACCUGACUCGGUUGAGGACAUUCAGUCUUUGGACAGCUGUGAGUAUAUCUGGGAGGCUGGGGUGGGCUUCGCUCAAUCCCCACCGCUCAACUACGUCCAUGAUCUUAACAGGACUGAGUUGUUGAGGUUACUGCUCACCUGUUUCUCAGAGGCCAUGUACCUACCACCAACAUCAGAUAACAGCAUUCUCAACCCCUGGGUCACAUUCUUCUGUUCCACCGAAAACAGACAUGCUCUUCCUUUGUUCACUUCGCUGUUGAAUGUGGUGUGUGCGUAUGACCCGGUGGGUUACGGCAUCCCCUACAACCACCUGCUGUUCUCAGACUACCGCGAGCAGCUGGUGGAGCAGGCCGUUCAGAUCCUCAUUGUUACCCUGGAGCACGAGGGCACACAGCCGUACCGCCCCCCUUCCCCCUCCAGCAUAGAGGACCAGGAUUCUGCUGGUCCAAAUAACCUCUUCGUGAACUACCUGUCCAGAAUUCAUAGGGAGGAGGAUUAUGAUUUUGUGCUGAAAGGUCUGGCACGCCUGCUGACUAACCCUCUUACUCAAACAUACCUGCCCAACUCAACUAAAAAGAUCCAGUUUCACCAGGAACUGCUGGUGCUUUUCUGGAAACUCUGUGACAUCAACAAAAAGUUCCUGUUCUUUGUGCUAAAGAGCAGUGAUGUGUUGGACAUAUUAGUGCCUAUACUGUAUUACCUGAAUGAUUCCAGGGCAGACCAAUCACAGGUCGGACUCAUGCACAUUGGUGUGUUUAUUCUGCUGCUGUUGAGUGGAGAGAGGAACUUUGGUGUGCGUCUGAAUAAGCCGUACUCUCUCCACGUAACCAUGGACAUCCCUGUGUUCACUGGCACACAUGCUGACCUGCUCAUUGUGGUUUUCCACAAGAUAAUAACCAGUGGCCAUCAGCGGUUACAGCCGCUUUAUGACUGCCUGCUCACUAUUGUGGUGAAUGUGUCUCCCUAUCUGAAGAGUCUUUCCAUGGUGGCGGCUAACAAGCUCCUUCAUCUUCUGGAAGCGUUCUCCACAAACUGGUUCCUGUUCUCCGCUCCUCAGAACCAUCAUCUGGUCUUCUUCAUUCUGGAGGCCUUCAACAACAUCAUUCAGUACCAGUUUGAUGGUAACUGUAAUUUGGUGUACGCCAUCAUUCGGAAGCGCAAUGUUUUCCAUCAGCUGGCCAACCUGCCGUCUGACCCCGCCUCCAUCCAGAAGGCACUGCAGAGGAAGAGGAAGUCACCUGAUGCCAUUUCUCGGACCAGCUCACAGGAAACCAUGUCCAUGGAGGGCUCUCGCCCGGCCGUGCCCGCUGAGCCGGGCACACUUAAGACCAGUCUGGUGGCCAUGCCAGGCAUCGACAAACUGACGGAGAAGUCACAGGUUUCAGAGGAUGGUACCAUGAUAACUGUGCCUCUGACAGAAUCACCACAAACCCCUGAACACAGCGGGACCGCCGGAGCCAGUGACACUGAGUCAAUCUCAGGACGAGACAAUGAGGAUGUGUUUUACACUGAAGCAGAGAUGGCGAGGAGACGUCUGUCCAGCACAUCAUCUUCUGUCAGCCACUGGAAUCCCAAACCAGACUGGGUCCUGUCCUGGAAGAACAAACUCCCUCUGCAGACCAUCAUGCGUUUGCUGCAGGUGCUGGUGCCACAGGUGGAGAAGAUCUGCAUUGACAAGGGUCUGACAGAUGAAUCAGAGAUCCUAAAGUUUCUUCAGCAUGGCACUCUAGUGGGUCUGCUGCCCGUACCACACCCUAUUCUCAUCAGGAAGUAUCAGGCCAAUGCAGGAACUGCCACGUGGUUCCGUACGUACAUGUGGGGAGUCAUCUACCUGCGUAACGUGGAUCCGCCCAUCUGGUACGACACUGAUGUGCAUCUCUUUGAGAUCCAGCGGAUGUAAAAGUGAAGAGUUUAACCUGUUGGUCCAUCAAACCCUGCAGAUUCAUCUUGGCUUGUCAUUUUGCUUUAACCUGUUCCACUGUCCUUGAGAAGAGGCUACACAUCAUAGACUGUGAGACUCCACAAGAAGUGCCCAUGACUGACCGUCAACGCUCUGUUUGCUCUGCCUGCUGUACAGAUAAAUAACGCAUCUAAAUAUAAAGCAGGCCUUGUGCACUCUGAUAGUAGAAUCAUACUGUGUUCAACAGCUUAAGCAGUCCACGUAUGAAACUCUUUCACUGUGGUUUUUAUUGGAAUAAGGUGCUUAUUAUAUGAAGGAAUGCUAUUUAUAGAGCUUUAUAGAGCUUCAUAGAGCUAUGCGCUGGGACGAGUAUUUGAAACUUGUGAAAUUAAGUGACUAGUUUCUAGAAAGUCCUUAAGUUAUUAGAAGCUUUGACAAAGACAUCUGGAUUGUAUUAGUGUCACCACAGGAGGGCAUUCUCUUUUUAGUUUCCUGUAAGAACAUUUGUGUAUGUGUGCGUUAUCAGAUUCAUAACUGCCACACUUAAUCCCAGUUUUCACUAUAGUGAUGUCAGGAAUAAUUGAAUGAAUUAUGAUCAUUCAAAGGCUUAUUUAGACAUAGCUAGUCAGUAUUAAAAUAUACUACAAAAAUGUUAUAUAUCUAUUUUUGUCUGCAUAAUGAUUUUGCUAAUGAGAUACUGUAAAUAUUCUGCUUGUUGUUUAAAGUACAAUCGUUGUCUCAAUAUAUGAAAAUGUGAUUAUUCAAUGUUGUCAAGCUCAUGGUUGUCAUCUUUCUGCAUAUGUUCAAUCAUAUUCUUUAAAGUGCCGAAGACUGUAAACAGAAUGUUUUUAUUCAUUGGUUGCAGUAUUUAUAAGAGAGUUUGUGAAACAGACCAAGACAUUUGUGUUUGUAUGUAUUUUAAUGUUUUUUCUGUAGUGUAAUUUAUCAGUCACAUGCCUGUAACAGGCAUAGGCCAUAUUUCAGAAGAUA